UUUCAGGAAGAGAGAUGUUUCAAACUAACUCCUUUCAAAGCUGGGGAUAUUGCCUACUAUCAGGUUGUGAACAAUUACUAUGCAGAGGAGAUAAAGAAGUAUGAGGUAGCAGAUGGAUACUGUAUUCAACUAGAACAGAAACAUGCCCCUAAAACACGAUUAUUAGGAUACAAAAUAGUGCCAUAUACUGAUGGGACAACAAGUAGUGAGGAACUCAUAACUGCAUAUCUUGACAUUGAUAUUAAAUGGUCUUCUCAACAAAAGGUUGAACUGGAAGUGACUUCUAAAACUGGACAGUCAACAGUAAGACCAGGAGAGGAAGUUGAGAUAAUUGUGAAAACAACAGGUGAAGCUAUUGUUGGAUUAAAAGGUGUUGACAAGAGACUUACUUUUAUGGCAGAUCAAAAUGAUGUUACUCUAACAGAGUUAGAAAAUUCUGUAGCCAGGCAAAGAAGUUUUGACAGAAAGAAGGAAAUCCCAAUCAAAAUCCUCCAAUGUUUCCUAUGCCAUUUUUGGAACGUCCAGGAGGUCCAAUAGCUAAAAGGAAAAAGAGAUGUUCAGCUUGCAUACACUCUGAUCAAUACAUGGACGUGAAGAAAAUGAUACAGGAGUCUGGACAAAUCAUUGUGACAAAUGUAGAUUUGAAACGCCAGGAUGGUUUUGACUUUUCAGAUGCUGAUAGACUAUUUCCUCUGUAUGACGGCUUUGAUAUGAAGAAUCCAUCUGUAGCUGAAGAAAGUCUACCUGUUCCUGAUGUAGAAGAAAACGUUGAUGAUACUGACGAAGACACGGGUGGUGAAGAGAAUAAAGAGAGGGAAAAUUUUCCAGAUACCUGGAUCUGGGAUCUCGUUUUGACAAAUUCUGAUGGAAUGUACAAGGAAGAUGUGAUAGUGCCUGAUUCAAUCACAAACUGGGAGGUGACAGCUUUUGGAUUCAAUAAUGAUCAUGGAUUAUCUGUGUCGGACAAAAAAGAGAUAACAGUGUUCCAGGAGUUCUUUAUAUCUAUGUAUCUGCCAUAUUCUGUUGUACAGAGUGAAAGUGUCAACUUAGAUAUACUUGUGUUCAACUACAAGGAUAUACAAUUAACUGUAACCGUGGAACUUGUUGAAUCAAGCAAUUAUACCAUUAAAGACAAAUCAGUUUUCAGCAAACCAAUAACAAUUGGUGCUGGAACAUCUGGUGUACAGAGAGUCCUUGUCACGUUUGAUAAAGUUGGAGAUAUUCCAUUGAAAGCCAUAGCUAAAGAUGUAAAUAACAACAAAAACCAGGAUACUGUGAUUAGACCUUUGAUAGUGAAGCCGAAAGGACGUGAAAUGCGGGAUGAUACUAGCUUAGUGAUUGACAUGUCAAAGAACACAGGUCCUAAAGAAGUUUACUUCAACAUGUCAAACUUUUUCAAAACACCAGGCUAUGUACCUGAUUCUUUGAGAAUGUAUCUAUAUACAACAGGAGAUAUGAUGGGGACAUUUAUUGGGCUUAUUGUUACCAAGAUCAAGAUGCCUUUUGGAUGUGGUGAACAAAAUAUAAAAUCCUUAACACCCUCAGUUGUCAUUGCACGUUACCUGACUAAACUUAAUAGACUGGAUGAGAAAACUAAAGGCCUACUUAAAAAAGUUUGUGGAGUAGGUGUAAGAAAGGAGUUUAACUAUUUACAUCGAGAUGGUUCAUACAGUGCAUUUGGAGAACAAGCUAAUUUAUGUGUUUGUGGAAAACCUGGUACUAAAUCUGGAAGUACAUGGUUAACAGCCUAUGUAUUGAUGUCUUUCUCACUCUUAUAUUCUGAUGAUAUCACAUACAUUGAUCCUCAAACUCUGAAAAAAUCAUUUGAUUACAUCAAGAACAAUGCUACUGUGAAAGAUUGUGAUUACCAAUAUUUCAUUGAGAAAGGUGAAUUAAUUCAUACUGAAAUGAAGGGAAUUUCUUCUAGUCGAUUUGGUUUUACAUCAUUUAUUACAAUAGCUGUGAUGGAUUAUAGAUUGGCAGCUUUAAAAGCUGGUUUAACAGAUUCAGCCCAGGAAGCAAAAACGUUACAAGAUGGAGCAGUUGGCUGGUUAAAAGGUCACCAGGAGGAAUUAAUUGCUAAGAAAGAACCGUAUCAACUUGCAAUUGUUGCCUAUGCUUUAGCCAGAGCUAAUACCAUCACACCAGAUGUAGACAGUGCAGCUCUUCUUGAAACACUGGAAAAUGUACUUGCAGGAAAUGAACAAGUUUUGGAGGAGGAAGAAGCUUGUGUUUAUAGUCCAACAUCAGGAGAGUCUAAAAGAUGCAAAUCUGAUACUGAUUGUGGCAAUAACUAUAUGGAAUGUUGUAUGGUACCAUGUUCUAAUGGCAUGAAAAAAUGUUCAAGGAAACCUUACCGUCCUGUCUUCAGGAACGGCCAAAUGUCAGAUGAACAGUCCCCAUCAAAAUCAAUAGAGAUGAAUGGUUAUAGAAUGAUGGCCUACCUGUAUUUAUAUAAUACAGAGACUAAUAGUGAGAAAAAGGCUACACUGUUGAAGAAAAUUGACACAUUGAAGGAAUGGUUACUAUCUAAACGGAGAGGAAAUGGUUUAUUUGAGAGUACUCAGGACACUGUGGUUGCCUUAAGAGCUUUAGCAACAUAUGCAAUGACAUUCCCCAACCAACAGGGAGCUGAUUUCACAGUCACAGCUAAAGUUGAUGACAAGACUGUAACUGACACAGUUGUUGUAAAUGAUGAUACAUACACUACUAUCGCAGAGAAAAAACUGGAUGUUAGCAGCCCACCCAGUGCUGUUUCAGCUGCUGUGACAGGGUUAAAAGGUGUAGCUUAUUUAAAUUUGGUUGCCUUAUACAAUGUGGAUAAAAAUGUUACAACGAAGCCUUACUUGAUUGACAUCGAACCUCGUAAAAAGAAUGACAAAGCUUUAAUGAGAGUCUGUUUCAGCAGAAAUCCGGAAUUCACUGGUGACAUAGGAUCAAUGAUCACUGUUCAGAUGGAAGCACAAACUGGCUCCAACAUCUUGAAUGUCCAACCAGAAAAUAACGACAGUCCAGACUUCUCUCCUGAGAAAUAUGAAUUUGAUAAAGAAAGCAGCCUCCUGAAUGUGUAUUACAUGGUGAACAGUAAUCCAUUAGAUGAGGAAAGAUGCCUGCACAUAUAUUAUGAAGUUGACUUUGUUGUGGAAAAUGUACAGCCCAAGGAAAUCCGAGUUUCAAACUAUUAUAGCCCAGAGAUAGCAUCAAGUGUUCUAUACAGUGUGAAUCCCGCUGACGGUACAGAACUAGAGACAACAACAGUGACCAUUGGUGCCAGUUCUGCCCAGAUAAACAUCCUCCUCCUAUUUUGUACCAUCCUGGUUGUGAUGUUAUCUUCUAUGUUACAGUUGGAGUAAAUUAAAUCAGCCAUCAACCUGUCAAACAAGAAAAUCUUUACUAAAUUUGGCAGUGUCAAACAUUUUCAUGCAUUUGGUAUAAUAAAAACUCAAUUAACAAGUGAAUAUUGAAAAAAAGAAGAACAAAAUGGCGAAAAUACAGCUUUGCUUUGUUUAUUGUUUAUGAUAAAGAAUUUAAUCUGAAGUAUAAGAAAUUCAGACUUUUUUUCUAAGGGAAAUGGCUAUAAUGUAUAUAGAAAUAUUACUUUACGUGUUUAUUGUAGUUUACUUUUUGUUUUUAUUGUGUAUACUAUAUACUGGAUGUAUUGUAUUGGAGCUAACCCUUACCCUGCUGAAGUUGUGUUAUGGUUAUAACCAGCUUGGAAUGGUUUUAACCAGGUUGGAACAGUAGAUUCAAAGGAUUACCAUAUCAAUACAAAUGUAAUCAGCUUAGAUCAGUACACAGUCUGACCUGCAUGGAUUUGCAGCAUGGCCUGGUUCUAUACUGGUGGCAAUGGGUAAUCAAUUUUGGUAGGAGCAGGGUGGAACUAUUAUAUUUGAUGCAUAAUAAUGAAGUUAAAGGAACUCCACUGAGGUUCAUAAACUUUGAAUUUCUUACAUUUAUCAGCUAUGGCACUUAAAACAUAAAGGUUUACAACAGAUUUUUAAGGAAUAUUCAUGUAUCCAGAAAUAUAUUGAAACUCCUAUUUUUUAGUUAUGCUUAGUCUGAUCUGAGUUGCAACCCUUUUCAGGUCAUUUUUCACAUUAAGAAUGAUUAUUCUGACAAACAGCAAAUGAUUUGAAAUUUUGCACGCAAGUUACUGAUCAAGACCUACAUCAAAUGGAAUAUAUAUUCCGAAGAAUUAUUUUCAGUCCUGUCAUGUCAAAAAACCUUAGUGGAGUCCCUUAAAUACUUUAAUGACAACUGGUUGUGGAGAUAACUCUUGUAUUUUCUGAUACUGUCAAGGUUACAGAACAAGUUAUUCUGUUGUUUAGUAGUAAUUGUAUACAAUAUAUGUAGCAAAGCCUGUCAGUUAACAUAUUUUUGUGUUAAUAUUAGGUUGUUUAUGUAUUUUAGAUGGUCAGUUAAGUCUUGGAAUCAAGCAUUUUGUAAUCUCAAUAUUGAUACAUGUACUAAGAUCAAUAUUUUUAAUUUGAGUUAUUUUUUGAAUUCACUUUGAAAUUUUUAGCUUUCAUCCUUUGGUACAAAAUGUUCCUUAAUUAAUGUAAGAAUUUAACUUAACACAUUAUUAAUCAAGAUAAGAUAAAUUCUUGUUGUUCAGUUUGCUUAGAAAAGUUAUAUACAUAGAGUGAAUAAUAAACAACAAAAAAGGCUUAACUUGACUAUUGUGUAAUGCUGUGUUUCCUUUAUGAAAUCCUUUCAAAAUGUUUAAUGUAUAUAUAAACUCUGCAAGAAUCUCCUUUUUACAGUCCCAUACAUUUUUUUAUAUAUUUUAUUUCUAUAUGUUUACCUUAACUCAAUAUAUAGAUCUGAAUUUUUUAGUUUUCUGGAUCUGUUGUUAUCCCUGGUUAAUUGUUAUCUACAGUUGUUUAAGAAGGACAUCUCAUGUGAAACCAUUGUACUAAAAUGUGAUGAAAAUUGUUUGAUGAUCCUUAUAUAAAGCUCCACCAAGCUGGUAUUUGGAAGGAGCUGAAAUGGAUUAUAAAAUCUUCAAAAAUCUUUUUCUUUUAAUAGUAUUAUUGAAAUUUGACUUUUUAUACUGUUCUUCAUAAGUAUCAACAUUAUAACUGAUUUUAGUUGUAAGCUUCUUGCAUGAAUCUUUACCCUUUUGCUUCUUUUUAUAAAAAAUAAAUAAAUACUUUUGGUGACUUAUUAUGGCUAAAAAAAUCAUCAAAAGCCAAUUUAUUACAUAUAAAGCAAAUGAAGACUGAAUGACAUACAAGUUUAAAUCAUGGUUUCAAUUUAAUUUAUUAAAAAGUUAUAAAUUCAGUUUGGAAAAAUCUUGUUCAUUUAAUGAAAUUAUUAUGAAAGUCAGAUAAUUACACACAAGAUUUUUUGUCAGGAAUUUUUUCCAAGUCUAUAUACAUAGUGUUAAUUAUUGUUUUGCACCACUGUAUAUUGUUUUGAAAUUUUAAGGAAAAACAGAAUGGUUUUGGUUUACUUAACCCUAUAACUGCCAUAUACCAGUAAUGUCAUGGUCACAAAAAAUAGAAUUAAAAUACGAAUUUUAAUAAA